CAAUAAAGCAAUACUGUCGCGAAGCACUUUCAUUUAGUCCGCGAACAUACAUUUUACUCCCACUUACACGCUUUUUACUUACUGAUAAAAACUGAUGAUUUUCUUACUAUAAAAAGUUUUUUGAUUAAGAAAAGGCAGGAAAGAUGAGCUCAGCGAAGGAUUGCACGGAGCCGACGGACAUCCUUGUCUGCGGAGGCUGUCGGCAGGUUUUUACUGACAUCUGCGAUUUGGCACAACACAAAAAAGUUUGCCCUGGACAGGGCGGCGGAGGAAGCGGGACAGUGUCGCGAGGCGGCAUUCCAGCUAAAGGCGGCGCUCGAGGCGACCAGCAGCGGGUUGGCACGGGUUCG